AUGGUGGUGCUGGUGGAGAAGGCCUUGGCAAGGAUGCUCCUGAUCCCUGGAGAAGGAGGACUGAUGUGUCCAGUGGUGUCCCUGCAGUGGUGCUGGUCCAUCCUGAGCUAUUUACACUCUGUCCUCAUCUUCCCCAUGAAUGGAAUGAGCUGGGAGAUGGCAGCAGAGAAGCAUGAAGAUGCUGAGACAAUCCCACAGCCAGGCUGCCUGGGGCGAGGGGGCGGGGCGUGGGGAGGUGCUUGCCGCCUGGCGCAGAAGCGACCCGGCGGACCAGCGGACCAGCGCACAGGGCGGCAGCGGACAAAGGAUUACACCUUUGGGGGUAGAACGGCGGAGUCGGUGCCUUUUGCAGAUCCCACCGAGAGUGACAAAACCUUGCUGGUUUGUCUUGGCACCAGACAUAGGGCGGUUUAACAUGAGGCCAUUGCCCUAAGCAGCUCCCAGUGCCAAGAAUUGGCAAAUUACUCUUUCAAUGAUUGGUCAAAAAGGAUCACCAAGCUUCAGGAUCUUUCUGACCUUGAAGAAAGGGAAAAUGAAGAUACUGUGGUUGCACCACCACCACUUCAGAAGCAAAGCCCGAAAUUCUGUGCUUUAGAGGUUGUGUUGCCAUCCUGAUGCAGCAGUCCUAGAGUUGGCAUGGCCGAGGAGCCUUCGGAUAAGCUAGAGGAAGGUCUGUUUCCAGUCAGGUACUUUUCUUGGGAGCAGUAUGACCAGGGGGAGGAAGGUCUCUCAGAUUUCAGCUUUGAGGAGGAGCUGAGAUUGCCAGAACUGGACUAGCCCUUCUGAAUUGCCUGGGGUGAGAAGGUGGCCAAGGCUUUUACUCUUGAAAGAAACAAACUAUUCAUUACAUCCUCAUUUUAGACAAGAAUUCUCAGUUGCUACCAUUUACAUUUUGCAGAAAAGCUCAUUCUCAUCAGCUGAAUUAUUGUGGUGUAGCUUCUGUCUAUCCCACCAUCCCUGGGCUGCUAGGGUCAGGGCCAGCCAGGUGGGCAGCUCAGAUCCUGAGGAGGGAGGGGGCCCCAGCAGGAGGUCAUCAUUCCCUUUACGUGGAAAAAGACCUCUUGGUCCCUGGUGAUUCUAGAAAAAGGGCUUGCUCUUGUGCAGAGCCAAUCUCAGCC